AUGGCUGCCCCCACAUUAUCUGCCAUGAUCGACCCGACCAAACAAGCCGAAUACCCAAUUGUGCUGGGGGAGAGACUGGCUCACGACGACACAAACCGACUGGUCAACAUCAACUAUAAUUACAAAUCCAAGUCUGCCACCCCUCAGCAGCGGUCGACCAUCACCCGCUCCCAAUCCUCCGAUCUCUACGACCUCGCCGUCACCGAUAAAGCCCCGAACGCCGAUCACACCUUAGCCUACUCCUACAAAGGCAGCGAAGAUCCCUCCAGCGAACGAAGUCUAGUUCUGAUCUUCGACCCAGACCGAAAGGUCUUUGUUCUCGAGCCGGUCUCGACGACUCUGAACUUCAACCUCCGGUCGGCGCCCGGGAAAACAGAAAAACAAGUUCGCGAACAAUACGAACAACUCCAGAUCAAAGAUGAGGAAGAACAUCCAACCUCAGGCGAAGACCGUCAAGCGGGAACUACCAGCGAAGACGAAGGACCCGCCGACGACAAUAACCCGUACGAUUUCCGCCAUUUCCUUCCUAAGAACCGCAACGAUAAACCCACCUCCGGCCAAACUACCCCAGAGCCAAUCCCAAGCAGAGCUGCAACCCCAGUAAUGCCAGCCUCUCGACCCGCUCCUAAACCCGCCCGACCCAAAACACAAGUCAACCCAUUACGACAGAAGAAGCCGACAAAACCACAACCCAAAGCCAAACCAGAACCCGAACCGGCUCAGCCUGAGCAGCUCGAGUCCAAGGAUCGCUCGUCCCCGUCAGAUGCAGGGACAGGCUCGCAGCAAACAGGCGCGCAGUCACCUGAUUCGAAUAUCAUCGUUGACGGCGAUCUCAUUAUCGACAUGGGUUCUCCGCCUCCACAACGCUCGUUCGUGGUCAACCCCGCUUACUUCUCGUCUAAUAAUACCCCCGACGAGGGGGAUGAGAAUGGGGAUGAAGAUAUUGGAGAGUUCAGUCUGCCUUCUCCGGCUGGCAAUGCUGCACAAUCUGCGCAUGACAUGCAAGAGGACGAUGUUGAGGAUGAUGAUGACCUGGCAGCUGAAAUGGAGGCUGCUUUCGAGCAAAGUGCGAGGGAAGAGGAGGCUCGUCAGUAUAAUCCACCGGCUAGACAGUAUGUUCCCAGUGAUGAUGAGAGUGAGGUCAGUGAAGAAGAGUAG